AUGUGUCCAAAUCUAAAUAGUUUUGUGAAGCUGCUGGUUAUUUUGUAUUGCCUACCGGAGAUUGCUUCGAAACUGGAGUUCACCAACAUCCAAUGCGUUGCCGAGGAUACACUUUUUUGCUCAUUUGAAUACUGCUACAUAAAACCCAUAAACCGAUCUUACAAAUAUAUUUCCUUGAAAGCAAGACUGUUCAAAACUCCACUAAACUUUGCGAUGUAUAAAAGGGUGAACGGGUACUUGCCGUUCCUUUACAAUAAAACGGUGGAUUCGUGUCGUUUCCUGAAUAACACCAGUUCCCAACCUGUUGCUAAGUUCUUUUAUGAGCUUUUCAAGUCCCACUCCAACAUGAAUCAUUCGUGCCCCUACGACCACGACAUAGUCAUUGAUAAGCUAUCCACCGGCUUUUUGAAUCACCAACUUACUGAAGUUCUGCCUCUUCCCGAAGGAAAAUAUAUGAUGCAAACUCGUUGGUUUGCCUACGAUAUUCUGCGAGCUAGCGAGAGCGAGAACGCCGAGAAGUCGCCUGAGGAAUGUUGA